AUGCCUCCCAUAGAGAAUACCGCGGCUAAUGUCGAUGGCUACGUCGACGACGAUCCCAGCGUCGUCGUUCGCCGGUCCCAGUCAGAUAUCAGGCUCCUUGAGACCGGAGAGUUCUCUGACUUCACCAUCGUCUGUGGAGACCGCGAAUGGAAGGUGCACAAGGCCAUUCUCAGCAAGGUCCCUUACUUCAACGCCACUGUCGGAGGUGGCUUCAAGGAGACCGUUCAAGAGAAGAUCGCCAUCGAAGAGUUCUUCGAGCCAUUCGAGAUACAGUGGCUUCUGUCGUACAUCUACUUCCCUUACUUCGAUCCGGAAUCCGCGCGGCUUGACACCGCCAGCAAGUCCUACCUCGAGACCUGCGUCCGGCUGUGGCAGCUCGGUGACUACUUCCAGGUCGACAGUAUGGCCGAGCUAGCCAAAGACAAGCUGAACGCCGGAUGCUCUCGCUGGCGCCGGUGUUCUCGCACAGUGGACACGGCGAUACACGGCACAACGUUCAUCGUCGAUCUCGAAUCCGCCGUCCGUCAGGCUUGGCGCGAGGACCUCGCUUCGGGUCCCCUGCGUGCAGUCCUCACCGGCCUUUGCAUCGACUUUGCCCCCUACGUACGACGCCACCAGUCCUUUUUCACGCUGUUGCAGGAGGUCCCUCAGUUCGCGGUUACCUUUUCGCAGCGGGCGUUGGGCUCCAUCACCUCAAGCCUCUCACUGCCAAAGUCAACUCGCGUUGUCGAGCCACCUGCGCCGUUUAGCACGGAUUUUCAUGCACUGGAUUCAUCUGGGUUCUACCCGGUUGUUGGAUUGUACCCUGUGUCUCCGAAAUCGAGCAGGGCUCUCGAGCGCAUCUGA